GAAGGGGAUUAAAAAAAAAGAAAAAAAAAAAAAAGAGGCAACCCUGUGUGGCUGCCUCUUUCCUCACCCCUUUAGGUAACUUUUAGGGAGGUACACCCCUAAUAGGUACCUACACCUAUACCAGGUAGGUUAGGUACUUUCCCAUAUAAAUACAAAAAGCCCCUCCAUCAUCCACCUCCCCACUAUUUUAUCAAAUCCAGCCCUGCCUUGUUUCCUAAUUCUUAUUGAACCAAACCCUUGACGCUUCUCAAAACCAGACGCCCUUCUUCCCUCCUUGGCAACCUAUAUCUUCUGCAGUUGACUGUGAUAGCGAAACGAAACUAGCAGACACUCGUUCUUUCGCUAACCUCCCAUCUCUAUCCUAACCCUAUAACACAUCAUUCAUCGCAUCUCAAAAACAACACAAUCAUGGCCGAUUCCCUAACUGAAGAGCAAGUCUCCGAGUUCAAGGAGGCCUUCUCCCUCUUUGACAAAGAUGGUGAUGGACAAAUCACAACAAAGGAGCUGGGUACCGUCAUGCGAUCGCUGGGUCAAAACCCCUCCGAAUCUGAGCUUCAGGACAUGAUCAACGAAGUCGAUGCUGAUAACAAUGGAACCAUUGAUUUCCCUGAGUUCUUGACCAUGAUGGCGCGAAAGAUGAAGGACACCGACUCCGAGGAAGAAAUCCGAGAAGCGUUCAAGGUUUUCGACCGUGACAACAACGGCUUCAUCUCUGCUGCUGAGCUUCGUCACGUCAUGACUUCCAUCGGAGAGAAGCUCACCGAUGACGAAGUUGAUGAGAUGAUUCGCGAGGCGGACCAGGACGGUGACGGUCGCAUCGACUACAACGAGUUCGUCCAGCUGAUGAUGCAGAAAUAAAAAAGGAGAAAAGAAAGCAGGGACUUGUUAGAUUUUAGCUAACUCGUUGCCGUCAUACCCACUUCUUAUGUUGCGAUGAGCCUUUUCCUUUCUCUCGGGGCCGUGAUCAGUGAGAGAUGCUAUUGAUCGAGCUGGCUUUGCCAACCUGGUGGUGGUAUACACAUGAAUGGUGUUAGGUUCAAAGACGGGCAGGAUCUCCUCCACCAACGGCUGUCAUUAUAUAUCCCGAUCAAACAAUAGCACGUCAAUCUCGGUGUGACUUAACGUACGCCUCCAUACUACUAUAUUUACUACCACGUGAAAUUUAUAAGCCUACGAUCUUACAGAACAGAGCUUCGUAGUUCGUAUCUUGUAUAGCAUCUGAUUGAUAUGAGGUCCCAUCGUUCAUUCGA